GCCAACCCGAGGUCUCACUGGAGUUCGGAUCAGAUGAGAUGGAGGUCCAGCCUGGCAAAUUUACCAGAAUUGAAGAGACCCGACACGUCCAACGCAACCAACCAGAGGUCUUCCUUGAAUUCAAACCAGAUGAGAUGGAGAUUCAACCUGGCAAAUAUACCAGAAUUGAAGAGACCAGACACGUCCAGCGAGGCCAACCCGAGACUUUACUGGAGUUCGGAUCUGAUGAGUUUGAGGUCCAGCCAGGCAAGUUUACCAGAAUUGAAGAGACCCGACAAGUCCAGCACGACCAACCAAAGGUCUUCCUCGAAUUCAAACCAGAUGAGAUGGAGAUUCAACCUGGCAAAUAUACUAGAAUUGAAGAGACCAGACACGUCCAGCAAGGCCAACCCGAGACCUUACUGGAAUUCGGAUCCGAUGAGUUUGAGGUCCAGCCAGGCAAAUUUACCAGAAUUGAAGAGACCCGACACGUCCAACGCGACCAACCAGAGGUCUUCCUAGAAUUCAAACCAGAUGAGAUGGAGAUUCAACCUAGCAAAUAUACCAGAAUUGAAGAGACCAAACAUGUCCAUCGAGGCCAACCCGAGGUCUUACUGGAGUACGGAUCAGAUGAGAUGGAGGUCCAGCCGAGCAAAUUUACCAGAAUUGAAGAGACUAGACAUGUCCAAAGAGACCAACCCGAGGUCUUACUGGAGUUCGGAUCAGAUGAGAUGGAGGUCCAACCUGGCAAGUUUACCAGACCAGAAGAGAGAAGACCUGGCAAACGAGAACAAACAGAGGUACUACUUGAGAUCAGAUCAGAUGAGAUGGAGAUCAAACCAGGAAAGUUUCAAAAACUUCAGCAGACAAGGACAGCUGAAGAAUCAGGAAGACUGGAGCAAGUUGAACUUGAACUGGAAGUCAAACCAGAAGAGGACAGACCUGGGAAGUUUGGAAAACCACAAUUCAAACCAAAGGAUGAAAAACUUAGCAAACUGGAACCUGAAGAAAUCAAGCAAACAGAGGUCAAACCAGAGGAGGUCAAGCCUGGGAAGUUCGGAAAACCUCAGCUCAAACCUAAGGAAGAAAAACCUGACAAGCCAGAAGAAGUGGAGCUUGUUUUAGAAGUCACACCAGAGGAGGUAAAACCAGGAAAGUUUGCAAAACCAGAGCUCAAACCUAAAGAUGAAAAACCAGACAAACCCAAACUAGAGGAAAUCAAGCCAACAGAGGUCAAACCAGAGGAGGUAAAACCAGGGAAGUUUGCAAAACCUGAGCUAAAACCGAAAAAUGAAAAACCAGGCAAACCAGAACCAGCAGAGAAGGUGAAACCUGAUAAAUUUGCGAAACACGCUCCAGAACCAGAAGAAAAAAAACCUGGUAGAUUUGCUAAGCCUCAACUGAAACCUAAAGACGACAAACCCAGCAAGCCUGUCCCAGAACCAGUGGAAGUUAAACCUGUCGAGGUUACACCAGAGGAAGUCAAGCCUGGAAAGUUUGCUAGACCUCAACUGAAACCAAAAGAUGAAAAACCCAAGCCAGAUGAGGUGAAGCCUGACAAGUUUGUUAAACCAGUCCCAGAGCCAGAAGUCAAACCGGGUAGCUUUGCCAAGCCCCAAGAAGCUAAGCCAGAGGAAGUCAAGCCUGGAAAAUUUGCAAAACCAGAACCAGAAGAAGUAAAACCUGGCAGAUUCCCUAAGCCUCAGCUCAAACCAAAAUAUGAGAAACCUAAACCGGAAGAGGUGAAGCCUGACAAGUUUGCUAAACCAAUCCCAGAACCAGAAGCCAAACCUGGUAGAUUUGCCAAGCCCCAACUACAACCAAAAGAUGAGAAGCCAAACAAGCCACAAGAGCCGGAACAGGUCAAACCAAAAGAUGCUAAACCAGGGGAAGUUAAGCCUGGAAAGUUUGCCAAGCCAGCUCCAGAACCAGAAGAAAAAAAACCUGGCAGAUUUGCUAAGCCUCAGCUGAAACCUAAAGAUGACAAACCCAGCAAGCCCGUCCUAGAACCAGUGGAAGCUAAACCUGUAGAAGUCAAACCAGAAGAAGCCAAACCUGGCAGAUUCCCUAAGCCUCAGCUCAAACCAAAAGAUGAAAAACCUAAACCGGAAGAGGUGAAGCCUGACAAGUUUGCUAAACCAGUCCCAGAACCAGAAGUCAAACCUGGUAGAUUUGCCAAGCCCAAAGAUGCUAAGCCAGAGGAAGUCAAGCCUGGAAAGUUUGCAAAACCAGAACCAGAAGAAGCCAAACCUGGCAGAUUCCCUAAGCCUCAGCUCAAACCAAAAGAUGAAAAACCCAAACCGGAAGAGGUGAAGCCUGACAAGUUUGCUAAACCAGUCCCAGAACCAGAAGUCAAACCGGGUAGAUUUGCCAAGCCUCAAGACGCUAAGCCAGAGGAAGUCAAGCCUGGAAAGUUUGCAAAACCAGAACCAGAAGAAGCCAAACCUGGCAGAUUUCCUAAGCCUCAGCUCAAACCAAAAGAUGAAAAACCCAAACCGGAAGAGAUGAAGCCUGACAAGUUUGCUAAACCAGUCCCAGAACCAGAAGUCAAACCGGGUAGAUUUGCCAAGCCUCGAGAUGCUAAGCCAGAGGAAGUCAAGCCUGGAAAGUUUGCAAAACCAGAACCAGAAGAAGCCAAACCUGGCAGAUUCCCUAAGCCUCAGCUCAAACCAAAAGAUGAAAAACCUAAACCGGAAGAGGUGAAGCCUGACAAGUUUGCUAAACCAGUCCCAGAACCAGAAGUCAAACCUGGUAGAUUUGCCAAGCCCAAAGAUGCUAAGCCAGAGGAAGUCAAGCCUGGAAAGUUUGCAAAACCAGAACCAGAAGAAGUAAAACCUGGCAAAUUUGCCAAGCCUCAGCUCAAACCAAAAGAUGAGAAACCUAAACCAGAAGAGGUGAAACCUGACAAGUUUGCUAAACCAGUCCCAGAACCAGAAGUCAAAGCGGGUAGAUUUGCCAAGCCCCAACUACAACCAAAAGAUGAGAAGCCAGGCAAGUCACAAGAGCCAGAACGUGUCAAACCAAAGGAUGCUAAGCCAGAGGAAGUUAAGCCUGGAAAGUUUGCAAAACCAGAACCAGAAGAAGCCAAACCUGGCAGAUUUGCCAAGCCUCAGCUCAAACCAAAAGAUGAAAAGCCCAAGCCACAAGAGCCGGAACAAGCCAAGGUUAAGCCAGAGGAUGUCAAACCUGAUAAGUUCGCCAAGCCAACCCCUGAAAAGAUCAAACCUGAGGAAAAAGAUCACAAACCCAAACCCAAAACACCCGCGAAGAAAGAUGAAGAAGCUCCACCAGAGAAGAAGCCACGCCCUGGUGAUGCACCUGACUCCGCCCCUAAACCAGAAACUGCCCCCGACUCUGCCCCUAAACCAGGAACUGCCCCAAAGCCAAAGACCGCCCAAGAGCCUGAAACCGCCCCAGUUGAGGAGGCUAUUACACCAAUGGAUCAAACCCCCGCUGAAUCUGCACCUACUCCUAUGGAAAUUGAGAUCAGUCCAGAGGGUGGAAUCAUUCCCCAGCAGGUACAAGAGACCCAUUCAGCUCCCAAACAGCGGCGGAUGUCUGCCACAGACUACCUAGAUGAAGAGCCCAUCCAAGAAUCAAAGCCAGGAAUCGAAGAGAGCGCCCCCAUUGAUAAGACCCCCACAGAAGACGAAGGGUUCAAGAGGUCAGGUCAAGCAGUCAAACCACCUGCCAUCAAACCUGCCGUUCCUCCACCAGCUGUCAAGAUGAAGGAUGAGGGAUUUGCGCCCUCGUUCAUUGAAUCACCCUGCAAAGUACAAGUUGUGGAAGGUCAGUCGGUGAAGUUUGAAGCUGUGGUUGAGGGCAACCCUAAACCUGAGGUCACAUGGUAUAAGGGUACCAAUGUCAUUAACGACGGCUUUAAGAAUCGCUAUGCUGUCAAAUACUUUGACCAGCGCGAUGUCCAUGUUCUGGAAGUUAAGAAGACGGUGAUGUCGGAUACCGGGAAGUUCAGCUGUAAGGUUGAGAAUCCUAAUGGCAAGGAUGAACGCGUCUUCUCCCUUAUGGUGACUGACAACCCGGACAAGACUGAGGAAGAGCAAGCAGCAGAGGAUGAAGAGAAACCUGCCACUGAAGAGCUUGACUUCCGUGCUAUGCUACGUCACAGAGAGGUAGAACGUCGUGAGUCUAAGGUUGAGGUACCAGACUGGGGAACACUCAAAGAUACUGACGUACUUGAGAAAGAGGGGGCUGAGAUAACGAGACCGCUGAAGUCCGCUAGAGCAAAUGAGCGUGACGGUCGAAUUAAGCUGGAGAUCGGUGCUAGGGCACUGGGCGUCAAACCAACAUGGUACAAAGAUGACAAAGAAAUCACUGCCAGUAAGAAGUACAAGAUCAAAAGUGCUGGCAAUGACUUUGAGAUGACGAUUGUCGACUUGAAAACGUCCGACAGCGGAAAUUAUACUGUGAAGUUUGGUGACUAUGCUGAGUCCAAAUGUAAUGUCGUCGUUGAUGCGGCCCCACCACCUGGCAAACCAAAGGUAGAUUAUGUGACUCUCCUGAAGCCCAUCGAAGUCCAUGAAGGGCAAGACGCAAAGUUCACCUGCGAGCUGUCUGGAGAUUGCAUGGAUCUGGGCUGGUAUAAGAACAACGAGAAGGUCCCACCUCGAGAUAAAAAGUGUGAGGUGAAACGUCUGGGUCGUAGACACACUCUGAUUGUGAAGGAUUGUAGAGCGGCGGAUCAAGGAGAGAUCGCUAUCAGUGUGUUUGGAUUAUACAGUCGAGCUGAUCUGACUGUCAAAACAAAGCCCAAGUUUGUGAAGGAGUUAUCCCCAGUGUCUGUGGUCGAAGGUAGAUCCUGCGCCCUUCAAUGUGAGAUCUCGGACUUCACUUCGGACGUCAAGUGGUUCAAAGACGGCAAGCCGGUCACUCUAAACGAUCAAGUGGUCAGUAAGUCGGACAAAGGUGUUCGCAAGUUGGUCUUCUACAAAGCAAUGUUUGAUGAUACUGCGGAGUACACCGUUAAGUUUACCACUUUGGAGUCCAAGGCAAAGUUAUCAGUUACAGAGCCACCAAACUUCUCCGGGAAUCUCCCAGAAGAAACCGAAGCCUUUGCUCACGAAGACGCUGAAUUCACCACCGAAGUUGACAGUCCUGAAGCCGAGGUCUUCUGGUUUAAGAACGGGAAACCCCUGGAGCCUGACGAUGACAAGUACGAGGUGAUUGCAGACGGUAACACCAGGAAACUGAUUAUCAAAGAUGUCGGACCAUCGGAUCAAGCAAACUACGCCUGCGCUCUGGAUGAGACUAGGGCCACACGCUCUAACCUCAAAGUUCAAGCACCACCGACCCUCAAAGUGCCUCUUGACAUGGAAGACAUCGUCGUCAAAGCCGGUGAACCAGUGGAGGUCAACUUAGACAUCUCCGGCUCUCCAGCACCUAAAGUAGAAUGGAGUAAACCAGGAGUGAGUUUGGUUCCAGAUGACCGCACACAGAUGGUGACAAUGCCUGAGAACGCUACUUUGUUGAUAACGCACACGGAUCGUGACGAUACCAAUGAGUACACGGUUAAUGUGUCUAAUAAGCACGGCACUGAGACAGCCAACUUCAAGAUCACCGUCAUUGACAAACCACAGAAACCUGAGAAUGUUAAAAUCGUCGGUUACGACGAGCACUCUGUCUCUCUCGCCUGGAAGCCCCCAACAGACAACGGUAACUGCCAGAUCACGCACUACAUCGUCGAGUACAAAGAAACAAAGCGUGGUGAUUGGGCAAUCGCUGAUGAUAGUGUGACAUCGCCGGAGUUCACUGUUCCCGAUCUGACUGAAGGGAAAGAGUACAUAUUCCGUGUUGCUGCGGUGAAUGAAGUGGGUACCAGUGAACCGACUCAGUGUGACAGGCCUCAGGUUGCCAAGGAACCAUUCGAACCCGCUGAUCAAAUGGAACCACCCGUCGUUGUUGAUACUCACGACGGUAGCAUCGAGCUCAAAUGGUCCCCACCUGACUUUGACGGGGGCUGCCCCAUUACUGGCUACAUCAUUGAGAAACGAGAAGCGGGCUCCCCACGUUGGUCUAAGGCUAAGAAGGAACCGAUCAAGGGAAACUCAUUUGAGGUUCCGUCGCUCAGUCAAGGGGCUGAGUACGAGUUCCGAGUGAUUGCUGUGAAUAAGGCUGGUGAGAGUGAGCCGAGUAAACCAAGCAAACCAGCUCUUGCUCGAGAACCAAUCGACCCGACCUUACCACCAGGUCAACCCGUUAUUGAAGACGUCACUAAAGAUUCCGUCACCCUCUCCUGGGAUAAACCUGAAGACGACGGAGGCAGCCCGAUCAAAGGCUACUACGUUGAGAAGAAGAAUCCUCAGACCGGCGAAUGGGAGAGAGUCAAUAAGAAGCCCAUCAAAGACACUAAGUUCAAAGUGCCUGAUCUUGUUGAAGGGGAGGAAUAUGAGUUUAGAAUCUUGGCUGAGAAUGAGGCUGGGAUGAGUGAGCCUAGCGUUGUGUCACCGCCGGUUGUGGCUAAAGAUCCAGAAAUUCCUCCAUCUUUGGACGUCUCCCAGCUCAAGGACCUGACCAUCAAAGCCGGCCAGAACAUCAAACUGGUAGUAGCCUUCACUGGUACCCCAACACCCAAGGCAUCAUGGACCCUAGAUGAGGAUGAGAUCAUCCCUGAUGAGAGAACCAAAGUACGCGGGGCACCAACCAAUACUGAGCUUGUUGUCAUGGAUGCUAGACGCAGUGACACCGGCGUGUACACGGUAGUUGUGACUAAUCCGUUUGGAACCGAGAAAGGAACAUCUAGCGUGAAUGUUCUUGAUAAACCAAGUCCACCAAAAGGUCCCAUUGACGUCAGUGAUGUCACAGCCAGCUCUUGCGUGUUGACAUGGCAACCACCAGCAGACGAUGGCGGUCAACCAAUCAGCAACUACGUUAUUGAGAAGAGAGACAUCAAGCGAUCUGGUUGGUCAGUUGUCAAUGACACCACCAAAGACACCACAGUCAAGAUUACCAAGCUGCAGGAGGGAACUGAGUACAUGUUCCGUGUUGCAGCAGAGAGCAGCUUUGGUGUUAGCAAACCACUAGAGACUCCACACACUGUCCUUGCUAAGAACCCAUAUGAUGAGCCCGGUGCGCCUGGUGUACCAGAGGUGACUGACUAUGACCAUGACUUUGUGGAGUUGGAAUGGUCCCCACCAGAGGAUGACGGUGGGGCUGAUAUCGAGGGAUAUGUCAUUGAGAAGAAAGAGAAAGCCAGUACUCGCUGGAUGGAUGCAACAGAUAAACCAAUUAGAGGAAACCACUUCAAGGUUCCUAAUUUGGGUGAAGGUCGUACGUAUGAGUUCCGUGUCAGUGCUGUUAAUAAGGCAGGCAAAGGCAAACCAAGCAAGGUCUCAGAACCCAAACUUGUCAAGGCUAAAUUCUCCAAACCUGUUCUUCGCAUUGACCGUCUGAAGGAUGUCAAGAUCCGCUCCGGUCAAGAGUUGAAACUUCAAGUCCCCUUCGAUGGCAGCCCACCACCAACAGUGACCUGGAAAAAGAAUGGUAGCGAGCUCCAGCCAUCAGACCGUGUAGUCAUCGACAACUCGGAUGAGUUGACGAUCGUUAGAGUGCGUGAAACGGAACGGGACGAUACUGGAGAGUAUGAGUUGAUUCUUACUAACGACUCUGGAACACUGAACGCCAAAUGCAAUGUGAACAUCCUUGACAAGCCUUCCCCACCUGAAGGCCCUCUCCAAGUCACCGACAUCACCAACGAAUCCUGCCGCCUUAGCUGGAACCCACCAGCAGACGAUGGCGGUAGCGAGAUCGCCAACUACCACGUUGAGAAACGCGAAUCCGACGAUGACUAUUGGACAAAGUGCAGCAGUUUCGUCCAAUCACCCGGCUUCACCGUGCCGAAGCUGUCCAGAGGGAAGGAGUAUGUUUUCCGUGUAAUGGCGGAGAAUGCUCAUGGUGGAGUCAGUGGGCCAUUGGAAUCGGCGCCAAUCACGGCUAAGAAUCCAUAUGAUGAACCUGACGCCCCAGGAAAGCCAAAGAUCGUCAGUUAUGAUCGCGACCGCGCCGACCUCCAAUGGUCCGAACCGGUCUCCGACGGCGGGGAUGCCAUCACUGGUUACAUUGUUGAGAAGAAGGAACCCAAAGCAUCUCGCUGGUCUCGGGUCAACAAGUCCCCGAUCCUGAGCACUAAGUUCAGUGUACCUGGCUUGAUACAAGGACGUCAGUAUGAAUUCAGAGUUGUUGCUGAGAACCGGGCCGGACCUAGUCAACCUAGUGCUGAGUCGGAUAUCAUGACGGCCAAACCGGAAUUCGAGAAACCUGCCAUCGACACCAACGCCUUCAGCCUUCGUGAUAUCAAAGUCAAACAGGGAGAGCCUUUUGAUAUCAAGGUUCCCUUCACAGCCAGCCCUGCCCCUGACGCCAUCUGGUACAAAGACAACCGUGAGCUGAAGACCUCUCCAAACGUAGAGGUUGAGAUAACGGAGGAGGUAGCUACACUGAGAAACAAAGCAUCAGAGAGAGGAGAUAGCGGGAAAUAUAAGGUCACCUUGGAGAACGAUUCAGGGACGGAUUCUGUCUCUCUCACAGUCACUGUCCUCAGCCCUCCUCUUGCGCCCAAGGCUCCAUUGGAUUACUCCGAGUUCCAGAAGGACUCAGUCAAGUUGACUUGGAAUCCCCCAGAGCAUGAUGGGAAUGGAACCAUCACCGGGUACGUCAUCGAGCAGCGUGACGGUAACCGUGACAACUGGAGUAAGGUUACGAGCUCGGCAUCUCAGGGCGGAUACACCGUCAAGAAUCUCAUCAAUCAUAACGAUUACGCGUUCCGUGUUUCUGCCGUCAAUCAGUACGGAGUCAGCGAGCCUCUGGAUGGUAGACAGGUCAAGAUCAAACUGCCAUUCGAUGAGCCUGAUUCACCCAGUGUACCUAAGAUCGAUGCUAUCGAUCGUAACUCAGCGGCCCUCAGCUGGUCGUCCCCUCUCAAUGAUGGUGGUAGCCCAGUUACCGGUUACGUCGUUGAGUACCGGCCAACAGACAGCAAUAAAUGGUCACCAGCUAACUCCUACCCAACCAAGGAGGAGAGCUACACUGUACCUGGUCUUGCCGAGGGGCAAGAGUACCAGUUUAGAGUGAUUGCCUUGAAUGAGGCAGGACCAGGGAAGCCAAGCAGAGCUACGGAAUCCGUCGUUGCAAAAGCACCAAUUCUGCCGGCUGAUGCACCAGGGCGUCCAUCAGUUGAUAAAGUCCGCAAGGAUCACAUUGGUGUUUCUUGGACAAGACCAGUGUCUGAUGGUGGAUCUAAAAUUAUUGACUACGUGGUUGAGAAACGCAAGGUUCCAGACAGUGGUCACAAGGGUGACUGGGUAGAGGCUGUCAAAGUAUCACCAAAGGAAGAGCAAGCUAUCGUACCUGAUCUUGAAGAGGGGGAACAAUAUGAGUUCAGAGUACGAGCCAAUACAGAGGCUGGGCCGCCGGGCAAACCAAGCACACCAACACCAGCUGUGACUGCUGAAGAUAGACCAGAGCGUCCCGUCUUGGACAUCUCCUCACUGAAAGACAUCAAGGUCAAAGGUGGUGAUAGCUUCGACUUCAAGCUCAACUUCACGGGAGUACCCAAACCUGAAAUAACCUGGGAGCUGAACGGGGCUCCAGUGAAGGAGGAUGGUCGUUCGAUCAUCAAAUCAACUCAUGAUGUGACUGCAUUGAUUGUUGAGAGCGCGCGGCGUUCUAAUGGAGGGCGCUAUACUAUUACACUGAAGAACAGCGCUGGGAGUGAUACUGGAAAGGUCAAAGUGGUUGUUCUGGAUGCACCCGAUACCCCAGAGGGUCCCCUCAAGGUGUUCAACAUCACCCCAGACUCCGCCUCCCUCUCCUGGAGACCACCUAAAGACGGCCCAGACGACGUUGAGAACUACAUCGUGGAGAAGAAAGAUGGCGACACCGGCACGUGGAAUAAGGUCAGCAGUUUCUGCGCUACACCGAACAUCAAAGUACGCAAUCUACAACAAGGGACUGAGUACAUGUUUAGAGUCAGUGCUGAGAACCAGUAUGGCUCUAGUAAGCCAUUGCUGAGUGAACCCAUCAUUGCUAAGCAUCCAUUUGAUGCUCCUGGAGCCCCCCAAGCCCCUCAAGCAACCCAGACCGACCGCACAGCCAUCAGCAUUGCAUGGAAGCCACCAACCCACGACGGUGGCAACCCCAUCUCAAGCUACAUCGUUGAGAAACGUGAAGCUGGUAUGACAAAAUGGUCCCCUGCUACCAGGGCGCCAGUGAAGGACACGAGUUGCUCUGUGCCGAAGCUGAACGAAGGAACAGAUUAUGAGUUCAGAGUGACUGCUCAGAAUGAGGCUGGACCGGGAAGGCCGAGUGAAGCUAGUGAAGCCAUUACGGCUGCUCCACCCUCAGUGAAACCUAAGAUUCGUGGUGAUUCCCGCAGUAAAGACGUCACCGUUCUAGCCGGUGAACCAUUCAGAGUUGAUAUACCAUUUGAGAGUACUCCAGCACCUCAUGUCACUAUGACACAAGACGACAAAGGUGGUGCCGAGGUCUCCUUUGGUGGUCGCUUCAAUGUAGAGGAAAGCCCUGAAACAGAAACCAUUUCAUGCAAGAGAUCUGAGCGCUCUGACAGCGGGAAAUACACAGUUACAUUGAGAAAUAAUGAAGGUGCUGAUACAUGCAGUCUGAGAGUCACUGUUGUAGACAAGCCUGGUCCUCCAGAGGCUCCGUUAGAGGUAACUGAUGUCACAGCAGAGUCAGCCAAAUUGGCAUGGAACCCACCCAAGGAUGAUGGAGGUAGCCGUAUCACCAACUAUGUGGUGGAAAAGAGAGAAGGUGUACGUAGCUGGAACAAGGUGACUAGUUUUGUUCGGGUACCAAACUACAACGUGGGAGAUCUCGAUGAAGGGCAGCAGUAUUUCUUCCGUGUCAGAGCGGAGAACCAGUAUGGUGUCGGUGAACCAUUGGAACAAUCCACAGCAGUAGUCGCUAAGAAUCCAUACGAUGUUUCUGACGCCCCUGGUAAGCCUGUGAUUGAGGAGGUAGAUCGAGGGUUCGUCAGCAUGACUUGGGAAGCACCUCAUAACGACGGAGGAGCAAAGAUUGCUGGAUAUAAUGUUGAGAAGAGAGAACCAGAUAUGGAUUGGGUUCAGUGCAAUAGUUACUUGGUAAAGGACACCAGGCUAUCCUUGAGUAAUCUGAAAGAGACAAAUGAGUAUGAGUUCCGAGUGAUUGCUAAGAACUCGGCUGGACUGAGUCCCCCGAGCAGACCAUCCAACGCUGUCAUCCCUAAACCUCAAUACUCUGUUUCUGACAAGCCAGGCGUACCUGAAGUAGAGAGUGUUACUCCAAACUCUGCUGAUCUGACUUGGUCAGCACCGUCUUCAGAUGGUGGCAGUCGUAUCUCUGGCUACACGGUUGAGAAACGUGAGAUUGGUGCGCCAACAUGGCAAAAGGCUAACCGGUACCCACUCAAGGAACCCAAAUUCACCCUGGAUGGGCUCGAGGAUGGGAAAGAGUAUGAGGUACGAGUUAUUGCUGAGAAUGCUGCAGGACCAAGUGAGCCAAGCCACUCAGAAACACCUAUCAAGGCUAAAGAAGCAUUCAAGGGAACGGCUCCAUUCUUUGAUAGAAGAGCUGAGAACAUCACAGGAUGUCAAGGGGAUACAACAAGGUUUGAAGUUGCUGUUAGUGGUAAUCCAGAACCGACUGUCAAAUGGUAUAAGAACGGUCUUGAGAUCUUCUCUGGUGCGAGGGUGAGUGCUCGGCAGCAUGAUGAAGUCUUCCUCUUGACCUUGAAUGACCUCAAAGAUGCUGAUUCUGGAGAGUACACCUGCGAAGCUAGUAACAAGAACGGCACUGAGAAAUGCAAAGCUAAACUUGUUGUUCACAUGGCUCCUUCAGUUGGAAUGGUCCCCCGUGAUAUCACAGUUGAAGUAGGCCAGCCAUUCAAGAUGAAGAUUCCAUUCACUGCUACAGGGGAGGUCACAGCCCGCUGCACGAGGGAUGGCGAACCAGUUGAGGAAGGCCGAGUGAAGGUGAAUAUCUUUGAUGAUUACGCCGUCAUGAGCGUCAAGGAGGCAGAAUCACUUGAUAAUGCAAACUUUAAGGUUAACAUCAGUAACGAUGCUGGAAUGGACACGGCUUCCUUCGCCGUCAAAGUCCUGGAUGCCCCCGGUGCACCAAGAGGCCCUCUAGAGGUUGGUGUAGUGACUAACCACUCCAUUCAAAUAUCAUGGAAACCCCCAUCUCAUAAUGGAGGACUCCCAGUCAAGUCUUACGUUGUGGAGAAAAAGGAGGAAGGAACAUCAGACUGGAUCCCAGUGUCCAGUUAUGUGACCGAGACUCACUUCACAGUACCCAACCUUCAAACCGGUGUACCCUACGAGCUUCGUGUCUCAGCGGAGAACGAGAUCGGUGUCGGUAAACCACUCUCUGGUGAUGGAGCAAUCGUUGCUAAGAGUCCCUACGAUGCACCAGGUAAACCCGGGGAGCCAGACGUGAGCUCUAUUGGUAGGGAUUUUGUGGUGUUGACGUGGACCAGGCCUCAUUCAGAUGGUGGCAGCCCAAUCUCUGGGUAUACCAUUGAAAAGACUGAGACUGGAAAUGAUAGAUGGGUUCAAGUGACCCGUGGCCCAGUCAUGCAGCUAAUCUACACCAUCCCUAAUCUGAUUGAGGAUCGAGAGUAUGACUUUAGAGUCUUUGCAAUCAACGAGGCUGGAUUAAUCAGUGAGCCUGCUGUAGGAAGCAACCCUGUCUUGGUCAAAGAUCCAAAUGAGGUGAUAAGACCUAAGUUUGUUGAGAGUCUUAGAGACAUCACAGCCCAUGAGGGUAGGACCGUAUCAUUUGAAUGUACGUUCAGCGGUAAACCUCAACCAGACGUCAAAUGGUUCAAAGGAACUCGUGAAAUCUUCAAUAAUAAUAAAUAUCAGGGUGAGAUUGACGGUAAUUCAGCCACGCUGACUGUCAACGAUGUCAAGCCAGAAGAUGCUGAGGAAUACUCGUGUGAGAUUAGAAACAAAGGAGGACGAAAGCUCAGCAGAGGACAGCUCGUUGUCAAAUUUGCCCCAAGAAUCCGACUUCCAGCCCGACUUGAAGACACUGUAGUAACCUUCUUGAAGACCGAAGACAUCAAACUGAAGAUCCCCGUUACUGGUUAUCCUAAGCCUGAAUCCUCAUGGACUGUGAAUGGUAGAUCCAUCUCUAGGGGUAUUGAAGACGCUACCAGGCACUCUAUACUGACUGUGGCUAGUGCAACCAGGAAGGAUAGCGGACAGUAUGAGAUCAUUGCUGAGAAUGAAGUCGGUAGCGAUUCUGCAGUCAUACAUGUAUCCGUUCAUGAUGUUCCUUUAGCUCCAACUGAUCUCCAAGCCUCCGACGUAUCCCAUGAGUCAGUCGAACUCAACUGGACAGCGCCCGCUGAUGACGGUGGUUGUCGUAUCGAUGCGUAUAUCUUAGAGAAGCGAGAGAGGGGAGCGGAGUCGUGGAGUCGCGCUGGAUUCACAUCCGGGCUGACCAGCCAUGUGGUUAUCAUGCUAACUCCGAAUAAGGAAUAUAAGUACAGAGUACGAGCUGAGAAUACAAUUGGUUCCAGUGAACAUGCUGAGGUGUCUCAUACUAUCUCUAUGCCAGAACCAGAGAAGCCGAUCAAGAUGAAAAUUGUAGCUGAAGAAGAAUCGGAGAUGCAACCACAAAGGCGUAGAUUGCCAAAAGUUCAUGACUACGAUUCGAUUGUUGACGAGAGUUUCGCACACAAGAAAGUCAAACUGCGCAAGACAUCUCCAAGAGAUCGUUAUGAAUUUGGGGAAGAACUUGGACGGGGUGAUUAUGGAGUCGUCCAACGCUGUCUUGAGAAACCAACCGGGCGUAACUUUGCCGGCAAGCUCAUCGAUGUUGAAUCAUCCGAUAAAGAAUACAUCAAACAUGAAAUGGACACGAUGAGCGCCCUCCAGCAUCCGCGACUUCUACAGCUUCAUGAUGCCUACGAUUCUGACAAUCAAAUGGUCAUGAUCCUUGACUUCUUGAGUGGUGGUGACAUCUUUGACCGAAUUAAAGACAGAGACCAGCUAUCAGAAGAGGAGGUUGCUAGAUACACUAAGCAAGUCUUGGAGGGUCUCAACUACCUUCAUCUUAGGAACUACAUGCAUCUAGAUCUUAAACCUCAAAGCAUUAUUUACGAGACAAAGAAAAGCAGCAACAUCCGAAUCAUUGACCUUGGCAUGGCCACCAAGCUGAACCCAGAGGAGAGGGUAAAGGUCGCAUUAGGGUCACCUGAAUAUUCAUCACCUGAGCUGCUCAACGGCCAAGCUGUCGGCUUUUCUAAUGACAUGUGGUCGGUUGGAGUUAUAGUCUACAUGCUCUUGAGUGGCAUCCACCCCUUCGGUCAUGAUGCUGAGAAGAUCAAGCGAGGGCGCUUUGACUUUGACCAAGGAGCCUUCCGUAACAUCUCAGAUGAAGCUAAAGAUUUCAUCAGCAAACUCCUCGUUGUCGACACAGAGCAGAGAAUCCCAGCCUAUGAAGCUCUGGAUCAUCCAUGGCUGAAAGACUGCAGUAAAUGGAAUAGGAAUCGUAUUCCUAUAGAUAGACAUAUGCUUCUUCUAGAACGACCUGGAUGGAUGCCCGGUACCCAAUCCCUUGGCAUUGGACGGAUUUCCAACACAAGUGGACAUAGAAGACGAAGACCCCUGGACACCGACUUCGUCAUUGAAGUUUCAAUGUCACGCAAAGAAGCGCGUCCACGCUUUGUCCGUAGACCCAUUGAUACAUUUGCAAUGGAGGAUCGUGAUGCUACAUUCAACUGCGUCAUCGCUGCACCAUCAGAUCCCGUUGUAUCAUGGUUCAAGGAUAACAAGGAGUUGAAGCAGAGCCUCAAGUACAAGUCUAAAUAUGAUGAUGUGAACUAUCAGUUGGUAGUUAGUCGUGUGCAGCUGGAUGAAGCUGGUCAGUACGUGGUUAGAGCGGUCAACUCGUACGGAGAACUCACUAAGGAAUCUCAUCUGGCUGUUGAACCUGAUCCAAUGAAGCAUCAAGUCACAAGAAAAAGACGCGUUGAGCAGCAAGCCUUGCCACCAGCUCGGCCAGACUCUAAACCACUCUUCACAUUCCGUCUUCGACCACGGACCAUCCAAGAAGGAACUAGCGUCAGAUUGAGCUGUAUCGUUGCUGGUUACCCAGAGCCUAAGGUAACUUGGAUGAGAAACGGUGAGGAUAUUCCUAAGGCUCAUCCAGACUUCAAGCAGGAGUACUCCUAUCGUAUGGCUGUACUGGAGAUUGACCGUGCUACUGUACAAACAUGCGGUAGAUUCACAUGUAUUGCACAGAACUGCAUGGGUACUGAAGAAACGGAAUGUGUCAUCAGUGUGGAAGAUCGUUCUAGAAGAGGAGGUGCCAGCAGCACCACUGAGUACAGUUCUAGUUCUAGUUCUUCAGCACGUCGUUCAAAGAGACGAGAGGAACUAACAGAAGAUGAUACUAUGUCUGCUGCUAAGACAAUCCAACAAGGAUUCCGAGAGUACAAGCAUAAGAAGGAAAGUGUCUCUGAGUCCAUUGUGGAGACGGAAGACGGAGGACAACGAACAAAGAGAGAGAAAAGGAAAGAGAAACAAGAAGAAGUGUAUGGAGUAGAAACAUUUGAGAAAGAUGCCGAAGGAAAAGAGAGCGGUGGCCAGUUUGAGAUCUCAGCAUCAGCAGAAAUAGACAUCGACUUGGGAGAUCCUGAAACAGAGAAGGCUGCCUUGACGAUCCAGGCUGGCUUCAAGGGAAUGAUGGCACGUAAGAAGGAGGCUGAAGAUGAGGAAGGACAUGAAGAUGAAGAAGGAGGCGUCAUUGAAGAGGUUCAGGAUACUGGAGAGAUGGAGAUCAUUAUACAGGAUGAUGCUAAUGUAGAGGAGGCAACAAUGGAUGAGCAAGCUGGAGAAAAUGAAUCUGCUGGAGUUGCAGAGGGGUAUAAAGGUCCAGUGAUGGUCGUCCAGCCAGAGCCUGUUAGUGUAGAUGAAGGAUUGAGUGCCAAAUUCUACUGUAAGCUAAUGGAAGCUGCUGAUGAAGUGUUCUGGCUUCAAGAUGACCGCGCUCUUGAAGAUGGCGGUCGUUUCUCUCUGGUAUCCGAAGACAACGAGUACCGUCUUGAGAUCCCGAUGGCGUUAUCAACAGACACUGGCAAGUACACCUUCAAAGCUAAGAAUGCAUUUGGAGAAUGUCAGACGUCCUUCUCUCUUCAGGUGAUUCUUGAUGAUGCUGAGCCUGUCAACAUAGAGGAGUUGCUCAAAUCUGUCGAGUAACAUCGCCUCUCGUUCUCCUUAGAAAAAAAGUAAUUCGCAAGAAAUCUUAACUAGGUUUUUUGCGGACACCCUUAUUGGGAAAUUUUCUGAAAACCGUCCAUUGGUAUUUGAGUAGUUAUUUAGAAAUUCUUGUAGCAACGCUACAAUUUCUUUUGUUGACUGUGUGUUGUUAUUCAACUCAUAGUGUCACCAUAAUUCCAGUCACUUACAUCUGGAGAUGUAAAUGUAAGGACUGGAUUUAAGCCUGCCCAAUUGGGAAUAAGUUUUAUCCCAAUCAGGGAUACAAGUAUCGAUUAGGAUUUAUUUAUAUCCCAAUUGAGAAUAAUUUAUAACUUAAUCAGAGGAUAGGAUUACCAAUUAGGGUUGAUCGAUAUCCCAAUUGUGAAUGAUUUAUAUCUCAAUAAGGGGACAGGAGUACCAAUCAGGGUCGACCAAUAUCCCAAAUUGGGUAGUUUUUGUAGCAGAACUUGUGAGUGGAAUUAUGGAUGAUACACAAGCCCCCAGUGUACUAUCCAUAGUUGUUUAGUAUACCUUGAUCGAGACCCAUUGUAACCCUCAUUGGGUGAAAGUGGUUCUGUUCAGGGUACAAGACUGCUUCCAUCGAGAGAGUAUGGUGACAAUAAUCGUCUAUGAGUCAAUGCACUAAGCAAGUGAAACUGAAGUGUUUUAUUUAAGUCACAACCUCCCUAAAACUAAAAGUGAUGUUGUCUUCUUGGUAGCUGAGUGAGGAAAGAUGACAACAAAAUAGAAAUAGUUGAAAUAAUAUCAAGAAUGCAUCACAUGGUGACUGCUCACUCAUUUGAGUUGUGUUGGCAAAGUUCAAAGUUGGUGGUGAGGCUUUGUGUAAAAUGCCUAGCUGGUACUAUUGUGACCAGUACAGUAAUUCUUUAUUUAAAAAAGAAAGAAAAUAUUUACACAUAAAAUCAACAGCUUGAAGUUUAUAUUCACUACCCAUAUGAUGCAUUCAACUUGUGAUGGAUUUUUUUACAACUAUUGGAAACAGUUUUAGGAGAGAACUGCAUGUAGGAAUGAAAAAGUGCAGUAACAAUUUUGUUGUAAACAAAAUAUUGAUGAAAUCUUACAAAGCUUGCAUAACGCAGGUUUUGAAUGUUUUAUUUCUUUGUCUUUCUGUUGUUACUUUCAUUUGUACUCAAACUCAGUUAAAUGUUUGACAACAAAAGUUGAGUUUGAGGAGUUGUUUUUCAUGAAUAUUUACAAAAAGAAGUAAAUAUAUUGAAUUUGCUGUGCAAUGCUUAUUUGUGAACAUUGACUUAGUUUUAUUGGCAUUUGUCACAUUUCGGACAUUUGUUCAUUGUUUUGGACUGAGUGCUUAUGGAUAUAAGAAAGGCUGGUAAGAACUUCCUCGGAGGUCUUUUAUGAAAGUAAUUACAUCUUUAAUACUAGUGUGUUGCAAUAAUAUUGCACCUUCUUCUUUGAGGAGGUUGGCAGGUGCAGAAAUGUGGAGUAACACAUGCCUUAAAAGAUCAUACAAGUUGUGAUGUUAUGAAGAAAGCCUGAAAAAGAUUCUGUGACAUAAGUCUUUACCGAGUCAAUGAUUCGUGCAAAUUGUGUAGGCUGCUCUUACAUACACUUUGCUAUGUAACUGCAAUUUAGAGUAAAUUAAGUAUAACUGCGACUGAAUGGUUUGUGUAGGAAAUGCGUAGUAGAUCUUUGAGGCACAUUGGAAUAUUUUAUUGGCUAAGAUUCAACUGUUGAAGAGUAGUUGGUAGAAAUAAAACAUGGUUUGUUGUAUUUUCUGUGUGGUAUUCAAUUGGAAUUGCCAGUAAAUCAUAAUUCGGAAAUCUUUUUUUUCUUUGUCUCAGUUUUGGAAAAAAAGGUUUCUGAAAAUCAUUAGGAAAGAUAAUGAAGUUAAAGGAAGAAUUCGGAUGCAUAGAAAUAUUACUUAUUCCGUAGUAGUAGAAAUUCUUUGCACAGCGCCCUUUAUGCAAAAUUCAGGGUGCUAAUUUUCACCUAAAAACAAAAUAAGCAGUGUUUCUGUUGUAUUUGUCAAGACAAAUUUAUUCGUCUUCCCUUUAAUGAAACAAAACAAAUUGUUGCUGAUGUUAAUGCCCUCAGCGGCCAGUAUUUUAGUCGACACCAGAAGCAAUUUUUGGGAUUGUAAAUAGCCCCUCUUGUAGGUGGUACCAUUUUAACUCAAAGCUUUCUAAAAAGUACUGCAGUGUUUGAUGCAGCAAUAUUAUAACUAUUUAUUCAAAAAUUAAAAAAUAUAGUCAUACAUUAAAUAUCAAAAACAGUAAAACAUUUUGUGUUUCUGAGAGAGUUCUUGUCUUAAGUAUUUUUCAAAGGCAAAGUUUAUCUUCGGUUUUGUACAACGUCCUUGUGCUUAAAAACCCCAAAUUAAAGCCAAAUGCAUCAGAAACAUUCUUCCAAAAAAAUGCUCACAUUUUUAAGAAAUCAUUUUAAAAUGCUUAAUGUUUUGUUGUUAAAUCACAUUGAUUUAAUUUCGUUAUUAAAAUUUUUCUACAUUGAUUUUCUACAUAAACAUUACACGCAAGUACAUGUACUGUACAUAGAUGACACUGCAGCGCAUGCAGACGACCGAAAGUUAGCGUUCCAUAUAUUGCGUUUUGAUUGGUCCGAGGUGAUGAGUGUCAGCUGAACCAAUACCACCUCCGACCAAUCAAAACACACCCAUGGACAGCUGUCAAUGCAAGUUUAUCCAAUGAAAUCAUUGUAUCCAAUAAAAUCGCUGGUUCUAAAAUGCAAGUACCAGUCUUUAUGUGGCUAAAGACGGGGGACCAGUCUUGCAAAAUGAUAGCGAAAUGUCGUCUGCUUCUGACAGACUAGGCCCAGACGUCUUUAUGCCAUUUCUCAUUUUAACAGUGAACAGUGUGCGCUGCCUUCAAUUAAUUCUGACCAUUAAAUUAUCAGAGAAGAACGACCGUCAGCGAAGUAAGCUACAAACGUAAACAUCAGUCUCCGAAAUGUCAAUCUUUAAUUUGUUUUUUUCUUCAUGGAGGUGGAUUUAUGAAGACCUGCCAUGAUGGUGAACUUCUUAAGUCGGUUUUGUAACAGGAGCACUCAAUUUAGUCGCUAUUAAGUCGUUUAAUCCCUGAUUUUUCAUUGCUUCGUUUUGGACUUGGAAUUGGAUCAUGUGGAUUGGACCAUGGACAGUCACACACACAGUGUGGCCGCAUGGCAGGAGAGGAUCAACCAUGCAAACCGGAAAAUUACUCACUACGUUUGCCGUUUUGGUUUGGGACUUCCCAGCUUCAGCAGGCGAAGUGACGGCCAGGUUUCUGCCUCAUGGACAAAAGGGUUAGUUGAGGAAUCACUUUUUAUAGAAUUUUAUUAAUUAAAACUUUACCAAACUUAAAAAUAAAUUAAGCAAAAACUGUCAGAAUAGUACAUGUACAUGUAGGUCCUAAAAGUUAAAAGUAGAAGUAGCCCCACUUGUCACUUGUUGUUUGGCCAAGGCUAGCUGAAUCCUUGAAUCCUUAGGAUUCAGCUAGCCUUUGGCCAAUUGGCCACACAAGUGGGGCUAAAACUGUCCCUGCCCCCUGGCCUGUGUCACUGUCAAUGUCACUGUCCGCAUCUGUCAAGUGUCAUGUCUGUAGUGACAGUGUGGACUUUGCUGAGUUGUGAGUACCAGUCGAGAUGAAGAUUUUUUAAUAGACCAUACGAACCAUACAAACCAAAUAAUGGACUCCCAAAUAACUCCUUUGUGGCUUUUACUUAGUGUGACUGUACUGUAUGUAGGGCAGGCCGUAUCCGCGUCAAAACAUAUAUUGUACAUCAAUGCACACAUUCCUCGUUUGAUUUCUAUGAUGGCUUACACACUGCAAUCGCUCACAGACACCAUGUUGUUGGCAGGUAGUUGAACGGUGACGUCCCUGCAUUUAUUUUAAAAAAAUUGUUUACCAAAAAUGUAUGGCUUUUUUCUGCUUUGAAGUGGUGCAUUUUAAGAGAAUGUUCGUUGUCUUUUACUUGAGUUUACAUGGCUUAGUCAUGUUUUCAUAUUGACACAGAUAUUCCCAACAAAUUGGUGAGGAAAAGUUCCCCAAUUAAACGCAUGGUGAAGUGAAGUUUGAUUGGGAUUCUAACGAUCCAUCACAUAAGAUUGUAGAAUCUGGCUAUGUAUGAGGUUUCUCACACAUUAAAAGAGAACAAAGGAAAUUUAGGCCCCGUGGGAUGUGGCCUAUAAAAGUUUUUGUCAUCGCUCACCAUGAAAGUCUCAAGUUCAGUUAAAACCUGUCUUUGCCAUCAAGGCUACAUCCCCAUCACAAUCACCGAGACUGUAGUACCGCCCAUUUCGGGUGCUAGUUGCUCGUUCAUGGUUUACAUCACCCCUUUUGGGUACGAUAAUGCCUGGCUCAUCAAAAAUUUUGCCUUUUUUACAAGCGUAAAAAGCUUCAGAUCGCUGCAAAGAUGAAGCCUGCCUAGUGAAAGCAUCGGUGAGCGACGCACCUGUUUGUUGCAAGCGAGAUGAACGUUACACAUUUAAUUCCUUAUAUCUUUCAAACAUUUCUCACCUGUAAUCAUCAGGUUUAUAGAAAAAUUGUACUAUAUUUUACUUUGAUUAUCAACCAAAUACUUCUAUUAAAUUUCAACAGCUGAUCCACUUCCCAAGUAGUUUCCAAUAAAAACAGCAUUGUUAGGUUAAAUUGCAUCGUCAUCAGAAUUUGUUUGGGGCGGACUUACAAAUUCCAUACAACCAACCCUGGCCCCAAUUUUUGUUUUAUAUCAUAUUCACACUGUACUUGAAGACCACAAAUUUGAAAGGGAAAAAUUGAAAGGGAAAAUUCCAAUUAAAACUGGAAGAUUCUCAUGCCUGGCCAUUUCUAUUAAACCAAUCCUCAAAUUACUAAUCCAUAAAAUUUGUUGUUGAUGGAAACACUUUUAUUUAGGGCAGAAAUUAAGGGGAAAGAUCGUCCAAAACGCAAUUUCACGACCUUCACUUCGCUGGGGGCCAAGCUGCUACUUUAGCCCAUGAAAUGCCCAAUUCUUACUCUAACGCGCCUAUUUACCUUUUUUCAUUUCAACGCCACCCCCCCCCCCCCAAAAAACAAAAUAUAUAAACAAAUAAAAUAAAUUUAUAAAAGUCCAGGUUAUGGGCCUCGUGAAAGGACGCCAUCGCGAGUAAAUAUUUAAAAAGUUCUCUUUUCAUCAGACUUUUUUAUAUAAAAAUUGUAGUUUUUACUAACAAUUUUUUUUUACUUUGUUACCAAAAAGCCUUUUUCCUUAUUGAUUGACAUGAUUGAGAAAUUUAAUAUGAGACCAAUCAAUUUUUCUUUCCAAAAAUCAACUUCACAUAUAGACCUUAUAAAACUACUUUUAAUUUGGACUCUUCAAAUUGCUGUUGCCUGGUAAUAAAAACUUAGUUAAAAAGGUCACUCUGUUACUCUUUUGGUAACAAAGUCAUGGUAACAGAGAGUCAUCUUGUUGAAAACUAACUACACAAAUCUGCAUGUUUCUGCCGUUACAGGGAUUGUGUAGUCUAUACGUAUUUGUUAAUGCCUGUAUUGUUGGGGAAAAUCUCUUGAACACUUAAUAUCCAAUUUAAAUAUAUACAAGAAAACUACAUGUAAGCUGUGAACUUUUCAUUUCAAUGGGUGGUCAUGUUUUUGAGAUAUCGCCAGGGAUUAUUUCCAGGCAUGAAGUUUAAAAAUAAAACAUAUUCUGUAAACCAUUA